CGCUGCGCCUGCCUUGGGGGUGCUGCGGCGGCUCUGGGGCUCGGGCGCGCCGCCCGGGGCAGCCCAGGGACGUCUGGGCUCCGGCCUCUCCACUCGCCUCAGCCGGGGUCUUCUCCCUCGCCCCCAAAGUUUCUGGGUUCGUUGGAAUUUUUAGAUUCAGGAUUUUUUCCUUCUUUUUUUCACCUAGAAAUUUUGGGGCCAUACUGCAAUACUUUUGAGAAAUCGACCGCACUUGCUCUCCGCUAGCUCUCUGCCCCCUUCUUUUUUUUUUUUUUUUUUUUUUUUUUUUUCGAGCAGGGGAAGGGGCUUACGAGAGAGGCUCCCUCCCGCUGGACAAAGUUUUCCAAAGUUUUCCGAGUGUGAUGGUAGCGGGGAGAGCAAACCCACAAGCUUGACUCACGGCUUCAUCUCACCUCCCCUAGAGCAGCCCGUAAGCCCGCUAUAAAGGAAAAAUCAAACAAACAAACAAACAAAGUUGCACCCCAGUCGCCUCGUGUCUCCUCUCUUCUUUUAGGCAAUUUUUUUCCUCCUUCUCUCCGCUCCCCUCGCAGCCUUCACUCCCCUUCCCUCGGCCCCUUCCUCCUUCUCUGUUUCGGCUGGAGGUGCCAGGACCCCCGGCCGCAGCCUCCCCUCCCCCGCCGCUCCGGUCCCCUCCCGUCGGGCCCUCCCCUCCCCCUCUGCGGCCGGCACAGCCAAUCCCCCGAGCGGCCGCCAACAUGCUCUUUGAGGGCUUGGAGCUGGUGUCGGCGCUGGCCACCCUCGCCGCGUGCCUGGUGUCCGUGACGCUGCUGCUGGCCGUGUCGCAGCAGCUGUGGCAGCUGCGCUGGGCCGCCACUCGUGACAAGAGCUGCAAGCUGCCCAUCCCCAAGGGAUCCAUGGGCUUCCCGCUCAUCGGAGAGACCGGCCACUGGCUGCUGCAGGGUUCUGGCUUCCAGUCGUCGCGGAGGGAGAAGUAUGGCAACGUGUUCAAGACGCACUUGUUGGGGCGGCCGCUGAUACGCGUGACCGGCGCGGAGAACGUGCGCAAGAUCCUCAUGGGCGAGCACCACCUCGUAAGCACCGAGUGGCCUCGCAGCACGCGCAUGUUGCUGGGCCCCAACACGGUGUCCAAUUCCAUUGGCGACAUCCACCGCAACAAGCGCAAGGUCUUUUCCAAGAUCUUCAGCCACGAGGCCCUGGAAAGCUACCUGCCCAAGAUCCAGCUGGUGAUCCAGGACACACUGCGCGCCUGGAGCAGCCACCCUGAGGCCAUCAAUGUGUACCAGGAGGCACAGAAGCUGACCUUCCGCAUGGCCAUCCGGGUGUUGCUGGGCUUCAGCAUCCCUGAGGAGGACCUUGGGCACCUCUUUGAGGUCUAUCAGCAGUUUGUGGAGAACGUCUUCUCCCUGCCUGUCGACCUGCCCUUCAGCGGCUACCGGCGGGGCAUUCAGGCCCGGCAGAUCCUGCAGAAGGGGCUGGAGAAGGCGAUCCGGGAAAAGCUGCAGUGCACACAGGGCAAGGACUACUCGGACGCCCUGGACCUCCUCAUCGAGAGCAGCAAGGAGCACGGAAAGGAGAUGACCAUGCAGGAGCUGAAGGACGGGACCCUGGAGCUGAUCUUUGCGGCCUAUGCAACCACGGCCAGCGCCAGCACCUCGCUCAUCAUGCAGCUGCUGAAGCACCCCGCUGUGCUGGAGAAGCUGCGGGAAGAGCUGCGGGCUCAUGGCAUCCUGCACAGCGGCGGCUGCCCCUGCGAGGGCACCCUGCGCCUGGACACGCUCAGUGGGCUGCGCUACCUGGACUGCGUCAUCAAGGAGGUCAUGCGCUUGUUCACGCCCAUUUCCGGCGGCUACCGUACCGUGCUGCAGACCUUCGAGCUCGAUGGUUUCCAGAUCCCCAAAGGGUGGAGUGUCAUGUACAGCAUCCGGGACACCCACGACACAGCGCCCGUGUUCAAAGACGUGAGCGUGUUCGACCCUGACCGCUUCAGCCAGGCGCGGAGCGAGGACAAGGACGGCCGCUUCCAUUACCUCCCGUUCGGCGGCGGCGUCCGGACCUGCCUGGGCAAGCACCUGGCCAAGCUGUUCCUGAAGGUGCUGGCGGUGGAGCUGGCCAGCACCAGCCGCUUUGAGCUGGCCACGCGGACCUUCCCCCGCAUCACCCUGGUCCCUGUCCUGCACCCCGUGGAUGGCCUCAGCGUCAAGUUCUUUGGCCUGGACUCCAACCAGAACAAGAUCCUGCCGGAGACAGAGGCCAUGCUGAGCGCCACCGUCUAACCUAAGCCCACCCGCCUCAGCCCAGCCCAGGCAGUGGGGAGGCGGUGAUGGGAGGUAGAAACCUGUGUGUGGGAGGGGCCGGAAUGGGGAGGGCGAGUGGCCCCCAUACUUGCCCUUCCCUGGUCCCCCUCCCUGGCAAACCCUACCGAAAGCCAGUGGGCCCCAUCCUUCCUAGGGCCUGGCUCCCCUUCUGGGUCCUGCUUCCCUCCAGCCGCUCCGAAUUUCCCACCAGCUCAGCCCCUGGGAAGGGCGUGGUGGGGACUCUGCAUGCCCGUGACAGUGUUAGGUGUCAGCUCGUGCUACAGUGUUCUUGUGAUGUUCUGAACUGCUCCUUCCCUCCAUUCCCUUUGGACCCUUUUAGCUGCAGCUGGGGGACGGGAAGAGCAGUGCCCCCUUUGGCACACACUUCAGCGUCUCCUCCUCCUGUGCCCCUACCGCGUCUGCCCAGGAACAGCAUCCUGGGUAGCAGGAGUCAGCCUCGGGGCCGGGGCUGCCACUAACCUGGAGACUGUCUUUCUUCAUGCCCCCGCUCCUGCCCUCCCCUGCCGGUUUGGACAUUUGAAAUUAUUGCUGCUACUUGUUCUGUCCUCUGACCUUGGGGCAAAGGAUCCCCAGGUCCUGUCUCCCCAGCAUCUUCCCUGGUGGCCCUGGGUAGGUGCACUGACACCCCUACCUUCCCACCCCCUGCUGAACCAGGCCCUGCUACACACUCGGGCCUGUGGCCCUCGGCUCAUGUGCUGCCCACCCCCAUAUUUAUUCACUGUUAGAGAAUCUUGGGGAUACUGGGGUCUCGAACAAACAUCUCCUCUCCUGCAUGCCCUAGCCUGUGUUCCAGCUGUCCUGGCCAGACUUCUGUGAGUGAAGAGGAAGGGGUCUCUGGUCAAACCCAGCCCCCAGGCCUAGGGUUGAACAGCCUUCCCCGGCUCUGGGCAUUAUUAUUUGGGUUUAAUCUUGGAACCUCACUCCUGGGCUGAAGUCUGGAGCCUCUGCCUUGUCCCUGGUGGAGAAGGGACAUGGCCCAUUGCUUCUUCCCUGUCCUGUCAAAAACCCUGAUCAGGUAGAUUUGGAGGUGGCCAAGAUUUCCUGCUUGGCCCCUGUUCACCCCAGUGCCCCUGACUCCAGUGCGUGAGUACGGGGAAAGAUACGGGUUCUUCUGACGGGGCGCCAGGGCCUCCGUCUUCCUUUCCUUAACCCUCCCCCUUUGCCCUCAACCCUGAAAAAGGUGUCCUGGAAGUCCCUUCCACCUCUAUGCCACUGUCUGCUUAGCCCAGCUCAGGGGCGGGGAAGAGGUGAAAGCGUGGGGGAGGUGUGCACAGCGGCAGUCCUGCCUGGGAGCUGACUCCGGACGGGCAGUGUGGUCUCUGGGCAGCUGCGAGGAGGCUGCCACCAGAGCUGAAGAGGCGGCUACGUGCGGUUUGUCAGAGGGAUUGGGUUGGAAACUGGCCAGUUGGGAUGACUGGGUGAAAGAGGAGUAGCUCCUGCCACUGGCGUUUUGAGUGUUGGCGAUUUGGGAUGCCUCCUGGGGAUGGUUUGGGGCCUUCGGUGAGUCUCUAAGCAGUUGUGUCUGCUUUCAGAUUUUUCCUUGCUUUCUGUUUCUCUAUUGGUUUUUGAUGCUGUCGAAAACACAGAAGAAUGAAGGACAUCUCAGUCCCCAAUCGCUGCUGUGAUCACCUCCGCCGCUCCCUGAGACCAGAUCCCGUGGGCAGCCCUACAGACCAACCCUGACCCCACUCAUGGCCCCCCUGACCGUAGACUUCAGGAACAGCCUGUACCACGCAGAUUCUCUACAACCCCUGACUCAGAUGUUUCAUUUAUUUCCUGCUUUUCCACUACUAAAAAAAAGUGUGGAACAGACAUUAUUGGCAAAACUAGUUUGACGUUUUUAAAAACAUUGAUAAAAAUCCCUUAAUCACCCCCAAUUCUGAAAAACGGGCCAGAAUGGGU